CAUGAAAAACGUGCGUGACGUCAAAAUCUAAUCAAUCACAAAAAGUGAGGUUAAGAAGUUUUAUUUAAAUGUGGAUAUUUAAAAUCCUAAAGUUUUUGCAUAUUUAACAGGAUGGAUAUUGUCAAUCAAAUAUUAUUAAAUGAGCAAAAGAAAGCUGAAAAGUAUAAACCAAUCACUGUUGACAAGCAUUUGGAUUUAGAAUUUGAUUUGGGCACUCUUCUUGCUUUUGAUACAAAUGAUGUGGACUCAAAGUUACUGAAAUCUAACAAAGAUGAUUACUUACAUUCACUAACCCGGGAUAACACGCAGUUAUUGCUGAACAAGAUAUGGGAAUUGCCCACUGAAAGAAUCGACGAGGCCAUAGUUGUUCGGCUACCACAACCUACGACUGUUCUACCUCGCGCUAAGCCUGUACCCAAACCGAGACCAUUGACCAAAUGGCAGGAGUUUGCUAAAGCCAAAGGUAUCACGAAAAAGAAGAAAGACAAACUACAGUGGGAUGAACAAUUGCAGAAAUGGGUGCCCCUUUAUGGUUUUAGGAAAGCAGCUGCUGAGAAAGAGAAAAAUUGGCUCAUAGAAGUACCACAAAAUGUUGAUCCUAUGACUGACAUGUAUGAGAAAAAAGCUUCUGAGAAAUCUGAAAAAGUGGCUAAAAAUGAAUUACAGCGACUUAAAAACAUAGCUAGGGCUAGGAAGGUCAAAAUUCCUCGAGUUGGACUACCAGUUACAUCUGACAAAGCUUCUGCUACACAGUUGGCGACAGCAGCUACAGUUGCCAAAGCAUCAACAGCAUCUUUAGGAAAAUUCCAAGACAAACUGCCAAAAGAGAAGGAAGCACGAGGUAAAGGUGUCCAUGAGCUUAUACCAGGCAAGGAGAGGAAGAGAAGAGCCCCAAUACCUACUCCACAGGCAGAAAGAGAAAGUAACCUUAAUCUUCUUGACUCUAUUUUGAAUAAGCGACCCAAGAUCGAUAUGGAAAAAGCUGUAGCCAAGCACAUUCACAAUGAACAAGUCAUGAGAUCAGAAGAAAAGAAAAAUAUGAAACCGUCAAAAGGCAAGCGUAAGGGCAAAGGUAAUGCUACAAACUUCUCUGCAAAGAAACCUAAGGCUGGUAGAGGACAGAGAAAUCCUAAUAAAAAGACUCCAGGCAGAAAAAGGAGAUAGUUACAAUAUAUUGUGAUAAUAAGUUACUGUGGAAUUAAUUGUUGUACUUUUUCUUUUAUUAUAACAGUCAAUAAGUGGAAAGUAAAAUAUCCAUAUUAUAUAACAUGUAAAAAACAGUAUAAUUUUUAAUAAACAGUCAAAAGAC